AUUUUUGUAUGAUCUGAUUUUUUCAGUUCUUUUAUCUCAUGUUUUUUGAUGGAAGGGUACUCAGGAGGUGAUUCUAAUCCAAGCUCCUGCAGGGGCUCAGCAUCACCACUGUGCUGCUGUAAGAGGCCAUCUGAAGACCCUCACUCAUUUGCCUGCUGAUUGCCAUGAGAAGGAAAAACCCCCUGCUGCAGUUCCGGCUCGGAGAAGCCAACAUGCAGGUGCAGCCACUGCAUCAUCACAUUAGCUGUUCCCAAGGAGGCCUGGCAAGAACUUGGCAAGGAGUUGGCAAGGACUUGGCAAGGAGUUGGUAAAGAGCCAGCAUGGACCCAGCACAGGGCAGCCUGCUGUAAUUCCUGCUUCACUCUCCACCUUUAAGCCGAAUGAACUGUUGGGGUGACUCUGGUGGUCUCUCACUGCAGACCCCUCAUCUGCCUCAUUACCACCGUGACAGACAGAGAUCAAGAACCCUCUCCCCAAGGACUGAGACUGAGACCCCUACCACAGGGAUGUGGGGGGAGAAUGACAUGGCCUGUUCUUCUCCAGUAACUUCAAUGGACUUAUUCUUCAUUGUGUUUGUUCAGCCUGGAUGAUUUUCAGUAGAUUCACCUGUUCCCCCGCAGCAAUUUCAAUAGACUCUCAUUGUUCUGCAUGUUCCCCCCUUUUUCCCUCUGUGGACUAUAACUGGACCCCUGGGUUGAGCAGGACUUUGGAGACUCUCCCCAACACCAGAUGAAUCCCCAUCGUCUGGACCAGUGAGGACCUCGCCUGUGUUGGUAGCUAUUCCAAUCCCCCUCUUCUCUCUCUCUCCCUCUCUAUCAUUUUUAUUUCCUUUCUGGCCCCACUAUUGCAUUUAUUGUUUUGGCCCCUAAUAAAGGUGCAUUUGCUGUGAUUAAACAAAUCAACUAAUAGUCCCCUGCUAUUUGUCUUUUGCACUUUGGGAUCGGCUAACAAACCAUCACGACACCCCACUAUAAGCAGAUUGUAACAGCUGCAUCACUAAAUACUGUGUUCCAGAUUGCAGGUCAUUCUUUUCUGAACAAAGAGCAAGUGGAAUGUAAAUAUUGGAAUUUGUUCUAAAGAUUGGUGGAAAAUAGCAAUGAAACCAGUAUCUGCUUUGAUUAAUCCAUUGCUAUGCGUCAUCUGAUUGGAUACUAAUUCCUUAGGGAAAACUGUUGAAAUCUAAAGGGGAGUCCUGCCUAUGAAGAGAUGACGUGUAAUGUCCCACAGAACUCGGAAGUUUGUGCCUCUGCAGACACUGAUGGUGCCCAGGAAUGGGCGCAGGAGCGUGAGCGACGGGGAACUUUUGUUGGAUUUCCACAGGGCUGUCCUGUUUCCGUGUUGGCUCUAGCACAAGCUGGCUUUGUGUAUACUGGAGAAGGUGACAAAGUGAAGUGCUUCAGUUGCCAUACAACUAUUGAAGGAUGGGUGCCUGGGGAUUCUGCAGUUGAGAGACACAAAAAGCUUGCCCCCACCUGCAAGUUUAUUACUGAAUCUGCUUUUCUGGAAAGUGACAUGGAUCCUGUUGCCCAGAACUACCAGAAUAGAACUGAAAAUGGUACCAGCAAUUCAGCCCUCCCAUGUGCCCUGGAUGACCCUGAUGUGGAGGCAGAUUACCUUUUGAGAACUAGACAGGUUGUGGAUAUGUCAGAUAGCUUGUAUCCUAAAAACCCUGCUAUGUGCAGUGAAGAAACAAGGUUGAAGUCUUUUCACAACUGGCCCCUCAAUGACCAGUUGACACCACAGGAAUUAGCUAAUGCUGGAUUUUAUUAUACAGGUGUUGGUGACCAAGUGGCAUGUUUUUGUUGUGGUGGAAAAUUGAAGAACUGGGAACCCAGUGACAGAGCUUGGUCAGAACACAAGAGGCAUUUUCCCAAAUGCCUUUUUGUCCAGGGCCGGGAUAUAGGAAAUGUUUCAAGUGAAUCUAUUCCUUCUGAGCUUGGCAUAAGUGGUCUGAAUAAUGCACAGCACCCAAGGAAUCCCUCUAUGGCAAAAUAUGGAAAACGUUUACAAACAUUUUUAUCUUGGAUAUAUCCUGUUGACAAGGAGCGACUUGCAGAAGCUGGGUUCUAUAGCGUAGGUAAUGGUGAUCAUGUUGUGUGUUUCCACUGUGGUGGAGGAUUGCAAGAAUGGAAGGAGAAUGAAGACCCUUGGGAUCAACAUGCCAAAUGGUUUCCUGGGUGCAGAUUUGUGAGCAAAGAAAAGGGAAUAGAAUUUAUAAAUAAUGUUCACUUAAAAGAUGGAUGUAGGGAUUCAACAACAGAAGCUGCUGAAGGGACAAUACUUCCUAAAGAUGAUCUCUUACAGAAUCCUUGGGUACAAAGUGCCAUAGCCAUGGGUUUCAGUUUGUCUGAGAUUAGGAACACCAUGGAAAAGAGAUUGCAGAUGACUGGAGAAAGUCACACAUCUGUUGAGGAUCUGAUAGCAGAUUUAAGUGCUCAUAAAGAAAAUACAAGGGAAGAAGAACCAAAUGAAAUCCCAGUUGAGCAAGAUGAGCUUAUUCAGUUACAAAACCUCUACCUCAGUACUGAAGAGAAGUUAAGACGUUUGCAGGAAGAAAAGCUCUGUAAAAUCUGUAUGGCUAAGGACGUGUCAGUUGUCUUCAUUCCCUGUGGUCACCUAGUAGCCUGUAAGGAAUGUGCUCAGUUACUUAAUGAAUGCCCUCUGUGUCGUUCAGAUAUUAUGAAAAUACAGGAAAUUUUUAUGUAUUAGUGAAAUACACAGCACUAUGGAUGCAAAUGUUUCCUGUUUUUUUACUUUAAAAAUGUGUAAUAUAAUGUAAAAAAUGCAGUUAAUUCCAGAAUGUAACCAUAUGGCAGGACUUAGAUUUUUCUGCUGUCAAACUGUACACAUUUUAACUUUACAAAUUAUUUUCCUUAAAUGAUUUUUUUGUAUGUAAAAAGCAGUAUGUAUGAAAGGCAAAUAUGUAUAUUUUGUAACUUUAGUUCAUAGACCUGAUAUGGGAAAGCCCAAGUAAUGUAAAACUUUAUUUAUGUGAUCAUUCCUUUGCUUCACUUUGGUAGGACUCUGUAUGACUGAUGUCUGUACAAAUAGAGUUGUACAAGGAGCCUGUCCUUAUAAAAAAUCUGUAAAUAAAUUAAUAAAACUAUAGUUGUAUACAUGUAUAUUGUACCUGAGAUUUUAGAUUUUUAAAAAUAUUAUGUAGGAUAGAAAGUAUUCUCUUUUUUCUGUAACUUUGGUUGUGACAUAAUUCAGACAAUGCACAUAAACCUGCUGCUGUAUCCUUAUGGUUACUUCUGCUACUUUGUAGCUUUGUUUUAAUUUAAUUCCUGUCUUCCUAUCUAUUUUUCGGGUUCAGAUGUAUAAAUUGUCUUCAGUAGACUGGUUUUAGACAUCUGUUUUUCACAAAGAUCCAUCUUUAUAUAAAAUGUACAAUAAUUUUCUUGAUUAAAAGGGAACUCAAGAAAUUAAGGAAAUUUUAUGUACCCUGUGCCCUUCAUGAGGAGAGGCUCAUUUUAAAUUUGCCCCUUACACAAAAAGAUGUUCAGUUUUACAUUUUUCUUGUUUGGUUGUUUUUGUAACACAGCAUCAUCCUAACUGAUUUAUCUGCUAAUACUUUGCAGUGCUUUAUAACUUAUAUUUUCAUACAAGAAAAUUAAACUUUAUCUCCUAGAAAACUAUUUUGUAAAAUUUACUAGCAAUGUUAGAAAUCUUUCAUUUUUGUUCAUGUCGGUUUGCAGUAUUUAAAUUUAAAAGUUAGGAGCUAUUCUAAUGAGAGUCACUUUAAAAUAUUUUAACUAUUUUUAGCUGGACUGAUCCCCCAUUUCUUAUUUUGAAAGUAUCAUAGCUUUGUAUUUAAGUACAGCUGUUUUAUGAUAAUUGCUUGAUUAUGUCACUUCCUUAUUUUGUGGCAAUACUGAUAUGUUGUGUAUAUAUUUUUGAGUUCUACACACUAAAGUUUAGAAUAUAUAGAACAUAGUUUUUCAUGUUGUUACAAUUUUGAAUACACAGAAAUGUAUUAUCUACCUUUUCUAUUUUUUAAAAUCUGUGCUGUGUAAUGCUAUGAAUAUUUAAAAUAAAGUGCAACCCAGAUGUUCCUUGAUCAGUGUAUUUGAUUCUCACAUAAAAAAAAGAGAAGGCUGUUUUCUGUUGCUUUUUGUUUUGUAAUUAAAUUUAUUAAUUUAACCUGACUCUUAUUAAGGAUAAUGACUUAUUUUAAUUGGAGAGAAAAUAAAAUCUAUUGUUUGUAUA